AUAUAAAUACGGACAGCAUGGCGCUGCUGACGGCUCGUAACUUCACUCUGGCCGUUUUAUCUCUCAUUAACUUUCUGUUUGUCUUCGUUACCGGAGUCGAUUUCGUCCGUUUUAUUUCGUUUCGGCCGAUUUAUCAGAACAUCACCGGGGGCACGCCCCUCUGCAACGAUGCGGCGUGGUGGUCCGUGUCCCUGCGGGACGCCGCGGUGCUGAAGGCCUUAGCUGCGGAUUUGUUCCUGUUGGUGCUGUUCAGUGUUCAGCACAGCCUGCUGGCCUGGACGCCGGUCAAACACCUGUGUCAGUCUGUACUGGGGGUGUUAAACCGAGCCGUGUACUGCUUCACUACCGCACUCGCACUGCAGCUGUUGAUGCGUUACUGGCAGCCUGUAACCAGCGCCCCCUGUCUGUGGUCAGUACACAGUGCACCGUGGACCGUCUGGCUCCCGCUUAUCUGUUUCAUUGUGCACUUCCUGUGCUGGGCUGUGAUCUGCAGCAUCCUGCUCAUAUUCGACUACGCAGAGCUGCUCGGGCUCAAACAGGUGUAUUAUGAGUGUUUAGACCUGGGAGACCCGCUUUCCCUGAAGUCACCCCGUGCCCAGCGCCUGUAUGCCCACCUACGCCACCCUGUGUGUGUGGAGCUGCUGCUGGUGCUCUGGUUCUUGCCCACCCUAUCUGUGGACAGGUGUGUCUUGGCGGCGUUCCUGACACUUUACCUGUCCCUGGCUCACUCCCUGGACGCAGAGGACUGCGCGUACCUGAGCGCUCAGCUCCACAGCAAGCUGCAGCUCUUCUCCACGACUGCAGGGGGCGACGCUCAGACACAAAGCAACAACAACAACAAUGAUGAGCGCAAGCUAGAUUAACCUCAUCCCCCUGAGUCCCAGUACUGAGUUUAACACACUCGCAUUGACUUCCUCCAUUACGGGGGUCUUCGUCUCCAGUUCUGGAGGGACAGAGGCCGGCAGUUGGACACUGGAUCCCUGCUGUGUAACGACUCACGAGCCUCGCGACUGCCGAGGGGACGUCAGUAAGGGUGUGUCAAAAACAGUACUGGAACCAGUAGGUGGGUUUCUGUACACUCGUAUCACUAAUACAUUAAUAAUGGGAAUAUAGAAAGUUAUAGACAUAUCGUUAUGAGCUUUUUGGUAUUUUAUUUUUUUACAUUAAAUAGGAUUUUCCAUUAUGAUGAUAAACACAAAGAUCAGUGGAUCUUCCACAGCCCCAGAGUUUCCCAAUUCAGGGUCUUGUUCCUCAUGUGCACAACAAAAUCCAAAAUACCAUAAACCUGGUUUACUAACUUCUCCAAAUGAGCUGAUCGAGAUCUUUAAAUUCACCCAGGAAACGGAUGAGUUUAGCAGGAUUCAGGAGUUAACUGCUCUGCACAUGUUUCAAAACUGGUUAAAACCUGAUUAGCACGUCGACACCGGGCUAAUCACUGUGUGCGGGAGCCAGAAAUGGUCAUGUGUCAGCGCAAGAAUCAGCUGCUUUAUUGAGGCUCAACUUCUCCUUCCAGUUUCUCAAUUAAAUAUGCUCGGGUACACGUUUUGGUAUAUUUAAUUAAUUUAAUUAGAUUUUUUUUUUUGCAUUAUGGAUCUGUUUUAUUUAAUCGAAGCCAUGAACAUAUUUUAAAAUAUUAAAACUAUCCUUUUAGAGUAGCUGUUUGUUCAAAUUAGUACAUUUAAAUGACUUUCACCAAACCUUUAAAUCAUUGUCAGACUCGUCAUUUUAUUUAUAUUUCGCAAAUCGUCAGCAAACCCAAUCCUGUAUCUCAGUUAUCCAGUUACAUCAGUUAUCCAGCUAGCUUAUUCCGUACUUGGUUAAAGUGUGUAGAAAUAUUAAAAAGGUUAAAGCUAAAGAUCAUCUGCUGUGCUUUAAUGUAAUCAGUGAUGUUAUUAUUAUUAUUUCGGGUUGGAGCCCACGUACUCGCUAAGUUGUUGUUCUUUCGUCGUCAGUCAAACCCACUACCUGUUUAAAGUAGAUUAUUACAUCCAGCACAUAACUGUUUAUAACAGUUAUAACACUUUAACUCCGCAUUUUUAUUUCAGCAGUUAACACUCUCAGUGUUGAGUGACGCGUAUAGCCACGCCCACCUCAAGAGCAAAAUGCUGUAUUCAUACAAAAAAGCGAGAGUUUUAUUAAAUCCUGUCCAGCCAAUUGGACAGUUUGGCCGGACAUGGACGUACUGGGUACGGAGACUGGUUUCGGGUUUCUGGCCUUAGUGUAUGAAGCGUGAAGAUCUCAUUGGAAGAGUUCCGCCCAAAGUACAGACAAAACCUUUCUUUUCUUCCUUCCUUAGAUUCUGACUAACUCACUCAUCCAGAUAACUCAGUCUGUAAACCUGCCGAUUAUAAUAACUCGACUCAGAGUUCCAGCUCGAAGACAAUAAUUAAUUAAGUCAUUGGCUAACUUGACUUACACACAUAUGAUGAACAAGACCAUGUCAGUGUGUUUGCUGUUUUAACACUCCUGAUUAUGAUUGAUCCAUGAUUGUGUGUGUUACAGUGUUGAUGAAUGUAAGUGUGUGUAUGGUUGUUUUUUACACAUGUGACUCAGUGGCUGGAUUUUAAUGUAAUAUUUUUUAUAAACCUUAUUUUUCUUAUUCUAGUCAGGACAUUUCCCACACUGUAGCAUGUUUCUUCUGAGACUCGAGCUUCACCAGAGUCAGAACGGAGGCUCUGUUGGACUCUCAUGCUGAUGAGAACUUCUUAAUCUAAAAAUCUAGUUAUCACAGUUCUCGGUAUGGAAUUAGCAUAACACACUCUGACAUUUAUCAGUGUUACUAAUAUUAGUGUCAUUACUUUUAAUGUUUUUUUCUUUCUGUCAGCAUCGAGAAGCGCAAACGUAAAAAUAAACCAACGCCUGUUAAGACUCAUAGACCGUUCUAGAUCAUCGCUGUCCUGGGGAACAGACGUCCACUAAAAUACACAUCUUUAUUGUAAAAAAGUGUUUGUUAUUUUGCUAUAGUUCUCCACCAAGACGGUCACAUUGAGCUUACCUGUCUCUCUACAUCAUGUUAGAAGAUCAUCUAGUGUUUCUUGUCUUUCUUUUCCUCCUGAAUGAUUGAAACUCCAUUUGCUCUAAGCCUUCGCUCAUGUCCUUCACUCAUAUCCACCAGCGCCUGUAAGAUCUUUCAGGAUCAGGAGCCGUGGUCUACUGAAGACCUCAAACUAAUCUAAAGUGCUGAGAACUCAGGUGCUAGUCUUAUGUCUUUUUAUUGUAUUUAACCACAAGCAUGGUUCCAUUCUUUUUCUUCUCUUCUUAUCGCUAGGAAAGCCGUCAAGACUUUACGGCCAAAAUCAGCAUGAACUGGCCUUAGAUCAGUAUUGCUCUGAUUAACACCAUUAUGAUUAACACCAUUAAUUAACCCACCAAGAAUCAAUUUACAUCAUCGACCCAGAGUGCAUUGUGCAUCUACUAAAAGGGAAAUUGUGCAUGGAACAGUGUGUGUUUUAAAAAUAAUUACAAUCUUGAAUGUGUUUCAUACUGUGUAUUUUAAUAGGGGACUAACAUUUAUAUUUGUAUUUAUACUAAGUCCUGCAAAUCUUGGGAAUUAAAUACCAUUUUUUAUUAUUUUAUAUUUUAGGUAUGAACGUGUGGUUUGAUGGAUUUUGUGGUUUCUAUUUUGUGGUUUAAAUUCCUUUAAUAAAUAAGA